AUGGUUGCUAUCAAGUCUCUCUUCCUUCUUCUCGCGCUUGGCGUUGAGGCCUUGGCCGCAUCGAGUCCAUCGGCGACAUGCACCAGCAAGUAUGGAACAGUUAGCAUUGCGUCUAACAAGAUUCCACGUGCCACCACCUCCAUUCAGACCAAGGUGACGGUCAUUAGAAAGGUCACCCGCAGAGUCACAGUUAUUGUCGUACCAAAGGCAAAGACCACCACUCAAAAGGUCACCGUCAAGUCCACGGUGACGGCAACAGCCAAUCCCAACGUUAAAGUUGCGACCAGCACGGUCACGGAUGAGCAAACAACUGUCCUAACACGAAAGUUCACUACGACGCUCGUCGCCACAUCGUUCACCACAACUACCAAGGUCACGACCAGCACAAUCUCUGCAGCACCCAGCUUCCAUCCCAUCAAAGAGUUUGGAGGCUAUGUGGCGAAGAAAGCUAAGCGAGGCGCGGUUGGUGACCUUCGCAUGGCUAUCGCCAAGUCCCAAUACGUCCAGCGAGUCGACUGCACCAAGCGCAUCCCCUACACGUCCAUCAAGACUACAACAACUGUCGUCCAGGGACCCCGAAAGACUGUCGCUGCAAAGACCAGUACCAAGGUUGUGACUACUACUCAAACAGAGACUUCGACUGAGUACCCUGAUGAUGUCACCAUAACCGUCGAGACCAUCAUUCCUGCUGCUGAACCAUUCUAUGCUGCCUGUGGUGCUAACAACAUGAUGGUUACCGCCAACGGUGGGCGCCCGGUCCCAUAUGUGGACAUGACAAUCGGGUUCGGUAUCGCAUCAGUGGGAGCUGCACAGGGGGAUGCCUACAAAUGCUGCACCUCGUGCAUGCAGAACCCUCUCUGUUUUCUGUCUUUCCUGGCUGAUCAGGAUGGAUCAUGCACUGUUCUAUACAGCAACACCAAUGUUUGUCCCAAUGGCCAGAUUCAAGUCGGCCAGUAUAAGUCUCAGGCAGGCUCUAGCGCUACAUACCACUGGAUGAAUGGUCCCUGUGGAUAUAUUGCUAAUGGUGGAGAAGUGGGUAGUUAA